UUCGAAUCAGUCUUGAUCCAGCCAUGCCAGCUUGUACCAAAUACAUAAAUGGUUUUUAAAAAGUACAAAUCGGCGUUAAGAAACAUAAUUGGCGCAGGGCGGUUCGAGACGUAGUCGUCAAUCGCUUCGUGUCACACGAUUAACCUGGUAUUACGAACCCAAAUCGUGGCGAUUCUUUUAAAAGUUUCGGUCGUCGCGUAAGACCCGUCAGGAGACCCAUCCUGGACUAAGAUCGACAUCGAGGACCUAGCAAGAAGAUGUCAUUCGACAGAACAUCGAAGGCAGAAUCUUUACCCCCAAGGCACAUUGAAGUAUGGGCAUGAAAGUGGUUUUGCUACAGACCGACAGACAGACCGACAGACAGACCGACAGACAGACCGACAGACAGACCGACAGACAGACCGACAGACAGACCGACAGACAGACCGACAGACAGACCGACAGACAGACCGACAGACAGACCGACAGACAGACCGACAGACAGACAUACCGACAGACAGACAUACCGACAGACAGACAUACCGACAGACAGACAUACCGACAGACAGACAUACCGACAGACAGACAUACCGACAGACAGACCGACAGACAGACAGACAGACAGACAGACAGACCGACAGACAGACAGACCGACAGACAGACCGACAGACAGACCGACAUACAGACGACGACAGACCGACAGACAGACCGACAGACAGACCGACAGAAGACCGACAGACAGACCGACAGACAGACCGACAGACAGACCGCCGACAGACAGACCGACAGACAGACCGACAGACAGACCGACAGACAGACCGACAGACAGACCGACAGACAGACCGACAGACAGACCGACAGACAGACCGACAGACAGACCGACAGACAGACCGACAGACAGACCGACAGACAGACCGACAGACAGACCGACAGACAGACCGACGACAGACCGACAGACAGACCGACAGACAGACCGACAGACAGACCGACAGACAGACCGACAGACAGACCGACAGACAGACCGACAGACAGACCGACAGACAGACCGACAGACAGACCGACAGACAGACCGACAGACAGACCGACAGACAGACCGACAGACAGACCGACAGACAGACCGACAGACAGACCGACAGACAGACCGACAGACAGACCGACAGACAGACCGACAGACAGACCGACAGACAGACCGACAGACAGACCGACAGACAGACCGACGACAGACAGACCGACAGACAGACCGACAGACAGACAGACCGAAAGACAGACAGACCGACAGACAGACCAACAGACAGACCGACAGACAGGCCGACAGACGGACAGAUAG